GUAUUGCGGAAUACACAGUUUCUGAUAAGUUGAAAUUCUUAUUCUCUGUUCCCUAUUCCCUAUUCUUUUCAUUGUGCGCAACCCCUUAUAGAAUAAAUUAAUGAAAGCACGUGUAGUUCAGCGUUCAGUUCAGUGGCUGGCCUGGCCAUUGGAGGUGUGUUGCGUUUUAUUCUACACAUGAUAUUUUAUCAUCUUAUUGUAUAUCACCGAAUAUUAAAGAAAGAUAAAAUGAUAUAUCUUGUACAUCAUGAGUGAAACCACCGACAAGAUACUGUUAAAGACUGCUGAUCUUUCUCGUGACUUAAGAUUUGAGUGACUGAGAAUAAUUUUUAAAGUCGUGACUUGCGAGUUGUAACCACACUCACCACAGUCACCACAUUGACCACCAUUGUAACCGAGGUAUAGCAAUAGUAUCGUAUAUCAUUGUCCGAAGAAAACGUGGUUUAAAUGAAGAUCUUCGAUGAGAAGAUUACACAGUCAUGAGCUGCCCGGAACUCGUUUCUGACUACCGUAACCCAAUAAUCAAAUGGUAUCAGACAGAUCUCUCCGUCGUUAUUUCUAUUCAAUUGAUCGACGUACCCGACUACUACCUCCGAAUUGAAAACGGUUGCUUACAAUUCAGUACAGAGAUAAACGGCAAGAAAUACUAUCUCAUUCUAUAUCUGUUUGGAGCAGUGGUAGCGGAAAAGACAGUGCACAAAAAUCUUGUGAGAGAAAUUAAGAUCUAUCUUCUGAAGGCACUUAAAUGGUAUCCAUGGUUAAGAUUGAUCAAGUCCAAAGAAAAGAAUCCACUUAUAUCAUACGACUCAGAACAUAUAGAAACAAAUCACGUUCGAAAUACUUAUGACAUAGGUAGAUUCGAACGGUACAAACGUGAGCAUAAUAUAUCAUAUUUAAUGCCUGUUGUGCCAUCUAGCGAUGAAGAAGACUCUGAGGAUGAUUAUAUGGACUUUGUUCACUAUGGUUAAUAUAUUAUAUUAAUUCAAUUUCUCUAAUGUGAA